GGUGGGGGAGGGCAGAGAAGGGCCGAGGCCCGGGAUAAGGUAGACACUUAAAGGGACAGGUGUCCCAAAGAGAAGAGACGUUUAAAGAUGCAGAUCCCCUAGGUAGAGCAAAUCCAAACCAGUUCGGCAGACGGAAGACAUUUAAGGUGGUAGAUCUUGGGAGGACAGGACCCUUUAAGCAGAAGAGCCUGGGAUUUGAGAACAUCCUGACAAGAGACCUGGGUUCCCUUGACCCAGGACUCUGUACUCAGGCUAUGGCCUCCAGUGUCCUGUAGACCUGGCGGUUCCUCAGUGCCUGAGGCCCCUAUUUUGGGGUCUAGGUGGCUACUGGAGAGCUUUGCAGAAGAUCAGAGAGGGCAGGACCAUGGCAUCUAGGGCCUCUGAACUUCCCCCUGGGCGCAGCGUGACAGCCGGCAUAAUCGUUGUUGGAGAUGAGAUCCUCAAGACUUGUUGCAACAUCCCUACAAGUUGCCAAGCACUACGGUAGAGGGCAGAGGGGACACAACAGUGACAGGAGGCCGGCAAGUAGAGGAGGCCCAGGAUCAUAUACUAUGUAUUUAGGAGUUAUAUCCAACCUGUUUGGAAAUGAUUCAAGGCACUCAGCAGAGUGGAUAAGUGAGCCAAGAAGGAAGGGACACACUCAAGACACCAACACUUACUUUCUUUGUCGGACACUGCGCUCCCUGGGGGUCCAGGUCUGCCGAGUCUCUGUUGUACCUGAUGAGGUAGCCACCAUUGCAGCUGAGGUCACCUCUUUCUCCAGUCGCUUCACUUAUGUCCUCACUGCAGGGGGCAUCGGCCCCACUCAUGAUGAUGUGACCUUUGAGGCAGUGGCACAGGCCUUUGGGGAGGAGCUCAAGCCACACCCUGAGCUGCAAGCAGUCAUCAAAACCCUAGGAGGGGAGGGUUGGGAGAAAAUGUCAUUGGUGCCCUCCUCUGCCCGCCUACAUUACGGCACAGAUCCUCACACUGGCAACCCAUUCAGAUUCCCACUGGUCUCUGUCCGAAAUGUCUACCUCUUCCCAGGCAUUCCGGAACUGCUUCGAAGGGUGCUGGAGGGGCUGAAGGGACUGUUUCAAAACACAGCUGUGCGAUUCCACCUGAAGGAACUGUAUGUGGCUGCUUCUGAGGGCUCUAUUGCCUCCAUCCUAGCUGAGGCCCAGGCCCACUUUGGGCAUAGGCUUUGCCUGGGUUCCUAUCCUGACUGGGGCAGCAACUACUAUCAGGUGAAGCUGACUCUAGACUCUGAAGAAGAGGAGCCGUUGGAGGAAUGCCUGGCCUAUCUGACUGCCCAUCUGCCCCAAGGAUCGUUGGUCCCCUACCUGCCCAAUGCUGUGGAGCAGGCUAGUGAGGCUGUGUACAAACUUGCUCAGUCAGGGUCUUGUCUGGGGAAAAAGGUAGCAAGUGCUCUGCAGACCAUUGAGACUGCCCUGGCUCAGUACCACCUCAACCAGCUCUGUGUGGGCUUUAAUGGAGGCAAAGACUGCACAGCCCUCCUACACCUCUUCCAUGCAGCCGUGCAAAGGAAAUCUCCUGAUGUUCCAAAACACCUCCAGAUCCUGUAUAUCCGUUGCAUCUCCUCCUUUCCUGAGCUGGAACAGUUUCUACAGGACACCAUCAAGAGGUAUAAUCUGCAGGUAUUAGAGGCUGAGGGUGACAUGAAGCAGGCCCUGAGUAAGCUGAAGGAACAGCACCCCCAGCUGGAGGCUGUCUUGAUGGGCACUCGCCGGACUGACCCCUACUCCUGUAGCCUCUGUCCUUUCAGUCCAACUGACCCUGGCUGGCCUUCCUUCAUGCGCAUCAACCCACUGCUGGACUGGACCUACAGAAACAUCUGGGACUUUCUGCGUCAGUUGUUUGUCCCAUACUGUAUCCUGUAUGACCGAGGGUACACAUCACUGGGGAGUCAAGAGAACACAGUGCAGAACCCAUCCCUGAAGUGCCUGAGCCCAGGAGGGCACCCCACCUACCGUCCAGCAUAUCUGCUGGAGAACGAAGAGGAAGAGCGGAACUCCCGAAAGUGAUCUCACACUCAAUGCGGGGAAGGGGCUGGCCUGGGGUGUAACCUGUCAGUAAACUGCCUGUCACACCA